AUGGGUCAACAUUCAGUUUGUAUCAACUUAUCAUCAAAUGAAUUAGAUAUUAUUCCAAAACUUUUAAUUUAUGGUGAUUUUAUUAUCAAUUCAAUUAAUGGUAAAAACAUUAGAGAUAUAACAAAUAAGCUAUCAAGUCUAUCCGCUUUUUCAGAAAUUAAUAAAAGAGUUGGUACUUUAAUCGAUAUCACCGAAUUUACAGCAGCUCAAAUCACUUCAUUAGAAGCCAUAAAGAAAACAUUUGAUAAAUUUGAUGAAGAAGUUUUCGAUACACUUUUAAUUUAUAAUUACUAUUAUUCUAAAUCUAUUACUUACCACUAUGGCACCAAUUGGGGCAGAAAAACCAUCUUCUUCUUUAUAAAAAUAAUCUAUAUUGUUAUUAUCUUAAUACUUUUAUUUUUUAAUGGGAAUAGUUUUGUAGUAUCUCUAGCACCAAAAUGUAAAACUACUAAAAAUGUGUAUCAAGGUGAAGCAAGUAGUAAAUAUAGUGGUGGAAAAAACAACAUCAUUGAUGUGGAAUGGUGGUUUUUACAACAACUUUCAGAUAUAGAUGGUGGUGCUAUUUACACAGACAGCAGUUUAUCAGGCAAAGAGACUAUAUCCGAAAUCAACAAUUAUUAUACAAAAAAUGAUAAUGGAAUUCCAAAUCCAGUAACAGUAACAUACGAACAAAUACUAGAUCAUAAUAAUAAUUACUAUAGUAUUGUAUAUAACAAUGAACCACCAAAUAAAAUAAAUAAUGAUCCUACAACUGGCAAUGACCAUAUUGGUGCUCAUGCAAAAGGUUUCUUUAUUUGGAACAUGGAAGGAGGUAUUCAUGUUAUUCAUAGUUAUCCUAAGUCACCUGUAAAAGGUACUGCUGGUGAAUUUUUUGUAAAAAGAAUGAUAAAGAAGAACAUGGGUCAACAUUCAGUUUGUAUCAACUUAUCACCAAAUGAAUUAGAUAUUAUUCCAAAACUUUUAAUUUAUGGUGAUUUUGAUAUUAAUGCAAUUAAUGGUGUAUUCAUUAGAGAUAUAACAAAUAAGCUAUCAAGUGUAUCCAAUUUUAAAGGAAUUCAAACUCGGAUAAAUGGGGUUGGUCAAUUUAUCGAUAUCACCGCAUUUACAGAAGCUCAAAACACUUCAUUAGCAGCCAUGGAGAAAAAAUUUGCUAGUUUUGACGAAGAAAUUUUUGAUAAACUUAUAUUUGAUCCAAAAACAAAACAUUGGUCAAAAGAUAAAAUCGAAUUAUCAAAAUGGUCUACUGUAGCAAGUUUAAUCAGUAACUUUGAUUUUUCAUCAUAUGAUUUCACAGCAGCAGAGAAAAAAAAUGGUGUUAAAGACUGUAUACAUUACAAUAAGGUAAUGGAUCAAUCCAAUGGUGAUGGUCAAUACUUUGUUCAAACCACAAACACACAUAUUCAUGAUAAAAAAGAUAAAGAUCAAUCAUAUCCAUUAACAAAAAGAGGAUUUAAUAUGAUAUGGGAUUAUAUUGCAGAUUACUAUUCCACCAAUCAUAGAAAAACAGGUAAAUGGUUCAUUAAUACAAUGCAGAAGGGUGGUAUAUCAGGUAAUGAUAAGAUGGCAAUGCCAUCAAAUCUAAUGAAUCUUGUCAUUAGAACUGAUGCGCCAUGGUCCGUUAGUAAAUCUACAACAGAUGGUUCUCAACAUUCAAAAUUAUCAUAUUUAGUCGAUAGAAGAGGUAAUCUAUUUUGUAAGUAUUUUAAAGAAUCGAGAGGUGGCAGUGCAUUUUGCUCAAAAAAUCUAGAUUAUUUGGCUGAAUACUAUGAAAGACGUGUUACAUUUAUUGCAGACCCUCCAGUAAAUAAUGAUUAUGAUAGAUUUGGUGGUGAGGUUUUACCAUUCUCUUCAUUCGGUUUCCAAAUAGAUUUUUCAAAAAUUACUAAUGAUUUACAAACUAAUGGAAUUGAUAUAACAAAAAGAAUACCAUUAAUGGAAUUUAAACUAAAAGAUCAAAAAAAUGCAUAUAAAUCUUUCAAUCCCAGAAUAUUUAUAGAUACAGAAACAAAACCAUCAAUAAUAUAUGAUAAAACUGGCGGUUUUACUUAUGAUAGUAAAAAACUCAUCAAAGGUUUCAAUAGUGAAAUAAAAGAAAUCUAUGUUCCAUUGAAACUAGUGUAUGUAUCAAAUAAUCAGGAACCAUCAAAAUUUACUUAUGAAACAGCCGAAUCCUUUUCUUUAUUUAUAUCGCCCAGUAUCAAGAAUGAGAUUAUUCUUUGUGAUGAAAAAAACAUUAAAUGCGACUAUGAUUAUAUGGAACAAUUGUUUGUGUAUGAUUUAAAAAUCACAUUUGAAAUGGGGAAUUUCAAAAUUUUAACAAAUAACAAGAUUGGUCAUCUUAAACAAGAUAAAAUAGCUCUUAUUCUCAAAUCAGAAAAAAAAAUUGAUUUCAAAAUAUUAAAUAAUGAAGAUACUUCUAGAACCAUCAACCAAAUUAUAUUAGUAAAUGAUAUUAAAUCAAUAUUCAAAUAUUUUGAAAUUGAAAGAGAAACACCGAUAAGAUUUAUAAAAUCUGAUAAACUAAUCAAAAAAAAUGAUCAAAUUGAAUUAAUUGAAGAUAGCAAAAAAUGUAAAGCGGAUGAUAAUAGUGUAUUUUAUGACGAAAACUGCUACGAUUUCUUAGUGUUCUGUCUCUCUGAUAAUUAUGCUUCUAAGAACAAAGGCGCAUAUAAUAAAAACAUAGAUGACUUUGAUAAAUUAACAAAUCCAAUAAUGGAUGCUAUAAGUUGGACAGAAACACCAAAAAGAUGUUUAAUACAAAACAACAAUGAAGAAACAGAUAAAAAAAGUCAAUCACAAAAACCAAACCCAAAAAAAACUCUUAAAAAUGUUAUAGCUAUUAACUAA